GUGUCAACUGUCAAAGUGCAUAAUUCGAAAAAUUCUUUUGAGGAUAGAAUUUGCCUAAAAUUACAAAAAAAAUGGCUGCUAUUGGAAUGUGCGAAACCCCUGGUUGUAAAUCAGUUGCACAGUUGCAAUGCCCGACUUGUAUAAAACUCGGUAUACAGGGCUCGUUCUUUUGUAACCAGGACUGCUUCAAGAAAUCCUGGAAAACGCACAAAGUCAUUCAUUCACUAGCAAAGGGUGAAAAUACUGAUGGUUCAAACGUCGAAUUUAAUCCUUGGCCGUCCUACAAUUUUACCGGUAAGCUGCGGCCUUUCCCACCGGGACCCAAGCGUACUGUACCGCCGCAUAUAGGCCGUCCGGAUUACGCCGAUCAUCCCACCGGCUUCCCUGCAUCAGAGAAUGAAGCGAAGGGUUCGGGUCAUAUAAAAGUUCUUGACGAUGAGGAAAUCGAAGGAAUGCGCGUUGCUUGCCGACUGGGAAGAGAAGUUUUAGACGAGGCAGCCAAGGUUUGUGAUGUUGGUGUGACUACAGAUGAAAUAGACAGAGUUGUUCAUGAAGCUUGCAUUGAAAGGGAGUGCUACCCGAGCCCGCUGAAUUAUCACAAUUUCCCCAACAGCUGCUGUACGUCAGUGAAUGAGGUUAUAUGCCACGGGAUACCUGAUACACGCCCAUUAGAGGAUGGUGAUGUGUGCAAUGUGGACGUGACAGUUUAUCAUCGAGGCUUCCAUGGUGAUUUAAAUGAGACAUUCUUUGUUGGAAAUGUGUCCGAUUCUACUAAAAAGCUUGUCCAGGUCACAUAUGAGUGUCUCCAGAAGGCUAUAGAAAUCGUGAAGCCGGGGGAAAAGUAUAGAGAGAUUGGCAAUGUGAUUCAGAAGCAUGCUCAGGCACAUGGCCUUAGUGUGGUCAGGUCGUACUGUGGCCACGGAAUUCAUAGACUCUUUCACACUGCUCCUAAUGUGCCACAUUAUGCGAAAAACAAAGCUGUCGGUGUGAUGAAGCCGGGACACUGCUUUACCAUAGAGCCAAUGAUCAACGAAGGUGGGUGGCGUGAUGAACAGUGGCCCGAUCACUGGACAGCGGUCACUGCUGAUGGCAUGAGGUCUGCCCAGUUUGAACAAACACUUCUCGUGACGGAGACAGGGUGCGACAUCCUCACGCAGCGAGCUUCGGGACGUCCGUGGUUCAUGGAUCAACUGGAGAACCUCAAGUAACGUCCACACGCUCAGUUUACAAACAAUAUUCCAAAGUGCAAUAUCUUAACACAGCAUAUAAACGAUUUUUUUUUUUAAUUUUGAUUUUGGAAUGACUAAGGCUAUAUCCCUAGGAUACAAGGUUUUUAAAGUAUGCAUUUAUACUGUUUGUGACGUACAGCAAUAAGUUAUUUGUGUCAAAAAAUAAACUAGUUUCCUCAAAGGACUUAAAUUUUUUGAAGUCUCAUCAAGUCAUCACCUUCGCCCAUAGAUAAAGACUGAUAUAGAACCAUUUUUUGCAAAAGCUAAACAAAACCUGUCAAAUUAUGCAUCACCUAAUUUAACUGAUAAACUAUAAUAAUAUUGUAAAAUUAUUUAAUUUAAAACUACUAACUUUUGUUAUUAUAGAGUAUACAAUUUGAAAAUUUUGUAAAUGAAGUGUUUGAAAUAUAAGCUAAUUCAAAA